AGAAAGUUCAAGAAUCAAAAAAGUACUCAAGAAGGAAAACAUAACACCGGCGGCAAAUCAUUUUGAACGUAUAAACACGAAAGCGUAAGAAAACUUCUGUAGAGGGGAAACGAUGGACAAAAUAAUGGGCAAUCAAGAGAUCAUGGAUGUGCAGGCCGAAAUUGAUCAACUUAAUCAGAAGCUUCAUGACGAAGUUGAAGCAUCCGAUGUUGCUUUCGAUCUCAAGAAAAACCCCAUUUUUGAAUCACGGAAUAAAACUAUUGCUGACCUAAUAGCCUCAAAGGACCUCCCUGAAACUUUUUGGGCUACUACACUUGUGGCUCUUUUGCAGCUUAAGGCCAAAGCAGAGGAAACGUUUCCCCAUUUCCUGGGUCCCUACGAUGAGGAGUUGUUGACCAAAUAUCUAACAGGUAUGAAGGUAAAUUACACGGAUAAAGGUCAUAAGAUUAGCCUUUUUUUUUCACCCAAUCCUUACUUCAAGGAGACGGAGCUUUGGGCGGAGGUGUUGGACGUGAUGGCUCCAGGAGGCUCUACCAAAGAGCAGAGUAACGACGAUGAGGAAGAGGAAUGGGAAGAGCAGAUGAACUUCUCGGGUGUUACUUGGAGCCCAGGGUAUGGCCCUGAAUGUGAUGACGAAAAAAGCCAGGAUGGAGAACAAGAGGAUGCUGGGCACAAGUGUGCAAAAGAUGAUGAAGCACACACGAAAUGUUCACACGAGGAACCCGCCGUUGAAAAUCUCCCCAGCAGUAACCAUCACAGCGGGGGAAAACAGGGCCCCAGCGUGCUGGAAGUGUUCAGUCUGAUGCCUCCGUUUCCAGAAGAGGACUCUGAGUUGUGCAGUGGAGAUGACGAUGAGGGUGCCCUGAUGGAAGCUGUAACAGAAUGGGAAGAUGAAAUGGAGGACCGAAAGCUUCUGCUUAGCACAAUGGUAGAAGCCUACUAUAACCCCGGUGUGGUGUGGACAAACGUUGAAAAUUUCAAAGAUCUUGAGAUGGCGCUUAAAAAAGUCAAGACAGAAUAACCUCCUCCAAACAUACUGACCAUUCCUACACCGCACCCACUUAAGACUUUUUUUGGACCUUAUCGAUUUUCAAGGCCUACAGAAGAAAUAGCCUUACGGGUUCGGUCUGGUUUUCUAAGAUAAUUUAUUUUUGUAAA